AUGGCGCCAUUAACCCUCCGAUCUACCGUCGCUCUUCCAAACAAUGAGAAGCUUCCCCAACUCGGUUUCGGAGUUUGGGAUAGCCCCUCAGACUUGACCACACAAUCGUGUCUUUCUGCAUUGAAGGCUGGAUACCGACACAUCGACACCGCACAGGUAUAUGGCAACGAGACUGAGGUUGGCGAAGCAGUAAAGCAAUCCGGCCUUCCCCGCGAGGAGAUCUUCAUCACCAGCAAGAUUCUCGGACCCGGUGACGAUGCCGAAGAAACCUAUCAGAAAUGUCUUUCCAGUGUACAGAAGAUUGCCGGUGAUGAUGGCUAUUUGGACCUCUUCCUCAUCCACAACGUCACAUCUGGAGCCAAGGGUGUGAAGCUUCUCUGGCAAGCCAUGGAGAAACUCCAAUCUGAAGGCAAGAUCAAGUCGAUUGGAGUUAGCAAUGCAGGAAUUGGAAUGAUUGAAGGAAUGAAAUCGUAUGCGAAGGCCUGGCCGCCAGCUGUAAAUCAGUUUGAGCUUCAUCCUUGGUGCCAGCAGCGUGAGAUUGUGUCCUACUGCCAGAAGAACGGAAUCGCAGUCGAAGCCUACUGCCCACUUGUCAGGAACCAGAAAGCCGAGGAUCCCGAAUUGAAAGGCAUCGCCGACGCUCAUGAAAAGUCGACCGCUCAAGUUCUCCUGAGAUAUUGUUUGCAGAAGGGCUGGGUUCCAUUGCCCAAGAGUGACAACGCUGGGAGAAUCGGUCAGAAUGCUGACCUUUACGAUUUUGAGCUCAGCAAGGAGGAGCUCGAAAAUCUUGAUGCGAAGGAUCAGGGUGAGAAGGGUGCGCUGGUCAUGGUCGUCGACAAUGAGAAAACGACGUAG